GCAGGUGCAGACCCUUAUGCAAGGUACGGGGUACGGAAGAUCACCACCUUGCACGUGGCUGCAAGAACUGGCAACAGGCAGAUCAUGGAGAUGUUGCUGAGAUGGGAGAAGGCGCCAAAGCCGCAGCUCGAUGUGCAGAACAAGGACGGCGAGACUCCACUCUUUGGAGCGGUCCUGGAAGGCCACGAGCAGACCUCAUCCAGUCCGCAAUGGGUGCUGCGAAACACAUUCAUAGAAGUCCUUGAUGAUGCUUCUGAUUCAGAUGCCUUCUCGAGCGGAGUGAUGCGUGCGCACUCCGACUCCGUUCUUUACGUUGGCUAUUCGCGCCGCCACGCGGCUGAGCCGGAGCGGGAGGACAACGAUGAGAAGGCAUCGCAAGAGUCUCCAAAUUCCUCCGGGGAGUCUAUGGAAUCCGAGCUUGACAGUUGGAGUGAUGCGGAAACGAGCCCAGACUUUACCGAAGGCGAAAGGUCUUUGCCACUGCCCUGCUAUCAUCACAUCGAGGAUUCUCCUAGUGGAAGGAAUUCGCCCCGAGCAGGGCAGGACGUCCAGCAUGUCGCAAGAACGCCAAGUCCAAGGCGCAUGGAUUCGUCCAGCGCCAGCUGUGCAGCGACGCCUCCGAAGCAGGGAGGUCGCCCCGGUCCCAUGCCGGGUCUUCUACCGCCAACCUCCAGCCAUGCUUCAGACAGGGGUGUCUCGACAGACGAGCUGCAGAGGCUGAUGGCCGAGGUGGCCAGGUUGGAGCAGGAGAACGAAAUUCUUCGCCGGAUGGCACAAGAGCCGGGAGUGAGCCAAGGCACUGCACAAGCUGCAAGCCCCUCCCAGCAAGAGACCGCCACAGGUUGGACGGCAGUUUUGAUGCCUGCCGGCUUGGUACCGGGCUCGGGCAGCAGUUCCCAGAUUCAGAUGCAGGAGGCCGCUGAGACCUGGAGAAACGCAGAUCUGAUGGUUCCCACCAAGGCGCCCCGGCGACGGCAUGCACGCAGCCGGAGGAGCAACGUGGUUUCGGAGGCAGAACUUAGCCAUCCAAGAGGGCAAAGCAAGGCGAAGAGCGCCGGGUGUGACAUGCCCAUGGAAGAGUGGACAACAGUGAUGCUGCGUAACUUACCAAACAACUACAAUCGCGCGAUGAUUCUUGCGAUGCUCGACAAAGAGGGCUUUGAAGGAAAGUACAACUUCCUGUACUUGCCGAUCGACUUUCGGACGCGGGCUUGCAUGGGCUAUGCCUUCGUGAACUUGGUGGAUCCUACGUAUGUCCCGGACUUCUGGGCCAAAUUCAGCGGCUACUCCAACUGGGUGGUACGGAGCAAGAAGCUUUGCGGAGUGAGCUGGAGCGAACCACAUCAAGGUCUUGAGUCUCAUGUGGAGCGUUACCGCAACAGCCCCAUCAUGCACGAGAGUGUGCCGGAUGACUACAGGCCAAUCGUGCUGCAGAACGGCGUCCGAGUGGCCUUCCCAGAGCCGUCGAAGUCUUUGCGACCCCCUCGCAAUCGUCACCACACAAGCAUCCAAGUGGAAGGCAAGGCGCCGGGCUCGAGGCAGAGGCGUCAAACGAGCGCAGAUGCUCCAAGAAAGCGUUCCGGACGCAUUGGGAACCCACGUCCGGGCCCAAACAGGUAA